UCUUACAUUAACCGUCGUACGGUGCAGACGAGAGUGCCUUUCAUUACACGACCUACAGAAAGUAUACGUCAACAUUCGUUUUUUGAUAAAGCAUAAAAAAUAGCUUUUGUUCUACGGCUUGCAUUAUCGAUUUGGUGAAGACUUUGUUUUUGGAUUUUGAUUUUGAAGAAUUCAACGACCGUUUAUACGUUUUAUUUUUUUUGAGUGCAUUAAAAAAACAAUUGAAUAUAAUUAAAGAUGUAAAAAUACUCUCUGGAAAUAAACUUUAGAAAUAUUUAAAAAGUUAAGGAAUAAAAACUGGCUCGAUUUUAAUUGUGCACAAGAGGAAUAAAUUAUCAAAAUCGGAUUUACAGUGACACAAAUAUCGAUUGGAUUUACUUUUCAAGCACGUGCGGUUCGGAUUGUAGACGUAUGAAAAAUGAGAACUCUCCUCGCUAUACAUGUUAUGUUGAUGCUGAUCUUGACACAGAUUUAUGCUGCUGACGAUGGUGUCGAAAUUGUGAAGGCUAUUUCACCUGAUAUGAAACAAUUAAACGACCCGGAAAAGGAACAAGAUCAAGUGGCACUUGAAUCACAAGAUCAGGACUCUCCACCAGCCAUUCUAUUGCCACAUCCACCUCCUCCUGUUGGUGGUAAUCGAGCAAAUAUUGGUCAACCUUUUGUGGCACCCUCGCAGCAUAUGGCUUACCAUGGUCCACCACCUCCACCUCCGCCACAUUUGGCUCACAUGCGUCUUCAACAUCCACCGGCUCCACAGUAUCCGAAAAAGCAUCACCCAAAUGAAAUUCCCGAUGAAAAGCAAUUGGCUUCCGCAUCGGCACCAAAUGAAUUGUGGGCAUCACCCGCUACCGAUACACCAAAAAUUAUUUCACUUGAUGUCAAAUGCGAAAAGAAAGGAAUGAAAGUAUUUCUGCAAUUCGAUAAACCAUUCUAUGGCAUUGUAUUUUCGAAAGGACAUUACAGUAAUAUAAACUGUGUAUACUUGCCGGCUGGUUUGGGAAGAACGUCGGCCACAUUUGAAAUAGGUAUUCAUGCUUGUGGUACAUCCGGAAAUUUCGAAACUGGCCUAUAUGGAUAUGGAGGUGACACCAAUUCCGGAACGUUUUUUGAAAAUAUCAUUGUCAUUCAGUAUGAUCCACAAGUGCAAGAAGUUUGGGAUCAAGCACGAAAAUUACGUUGCACGUGGCAUGAUCAAUAUGAAAAAAGCGUGACAUUUCGACCUUUUCCCGUUGAUAUGUUGGACAUUGUUCGGGCCGAUUUUGCCGGAGAUAAUGUUGGCUGUUGGAUGCAAAUUCAAGUGGGCAAAGGACCUUGGGCGUCUGAAGUAUCAGGCCUUGUGAAAAUUGGCCAAACAAUGACAAUGGUACUGGCUAUCAAAGACGAUGACAGUAAAUUCGAUAUGUUAGUCCGAAAUUGUGUUGCGCACGAUGGAAAACGAGCCCCAAUUCAAUUGGUCGAUCAACGUGGUUGCGUAACACGUCCGAAAUUAAUGUCACGUUUUACGAAAAUUAAAAAUUUCGGAGCCAGUGCAUCCGUUUUGUCGUAUGCUCAUUUUCAAGCUUUCAAAUUUCCCGACUCGAUGGAAGUUCAUUUCCAAUGCACCAUUCAAAUCUGUCGAUUCAGCUGUCCUGAUCAGUGUUCGGAUGGUAAUGUUGGUUUGGACGUGCAUCACUUGUCUGUUGGCCCCGAAUCACAAUAUGGUCCACCUCCGCCGCAAUUGCCCUUCCUGAAUGCUGUUGCUCGCAACGAUCGACGCAUUCGUCGAACCAGAGCCAUCGAUGACGAUCCAGAGAAAGAAAUUGGCUUAAAUCGAAUCAUUAAAGUUGUUUCAUCUGGCGAUUUAACAUUCCCAAUUGCAGCACCGUUAAAUGCGAGCGAAGAACAGCCAACGGUUGUAAUUUCCGGUCAUGAAGAAGGUCUGAUUUGUAUGACUACUCCUGGAUUCACAAUUUCAUUAGUGGUUCUAUUGAGCAUUUUAUUUUCGUCGUGCAUGCUGUCUGCAUUCCUAUACAUCAGACUUCGUCCAUAUUCAAUCAGUGUCAAAGAGCGUGGAAUUGCAUUCACUCCAACGCCAUCGCCAACACAUGCAAUUCCAACCGUAAAACGAGUUGCUGGAAAUACAUUACCAAAAAAACGCUACGCAGUCGCAUAUUCCACAUGAACAAAAUUUAAAACGAAUAUAGAAUAUGUUUAUGCAUGCAAAUAAGACCGGAACAUUUCGAAAAGCAAUUUGAAAUUUAUCAAUUGAUCGAAUUGUUCCAUUUGUAUUCAACACAUUUUCAUCAAAUCAAAGGAAAUGUUCUCCGACAUUUCCUGUUUUCAAUAAUUUGAAAUUUAACGAUCAACUCAGUUUUUCAGAAGGUGUUGUGCCAUUUUAAUACUUCGCUUUGCUUGGCUUUUAUUCUUUUUACUUGUCAGAUUAUGUAUGCAGAUUAAAAAAGAAAAGAAAAUGAACCAAAUCAAACACAUUAAAAGCUUUUCAUGGACAUUAUUUUUCAUUACUCAUCGAAAAUGCAAUCAAGAAUUUUUUUUAACCGAUUUAA